CCGGCAGAGGGUCCGGCCGGGCUCGGGGCGAACAUGGCGGCGGUUCUGAGGGGGGAGCCCCGAGGGGCGGCCCCUGAGGGGGAUCUGCGGGCACGGACACCCGGGUGGGACGGUCGGUGUCGCACAGGUCGGACACGGGCCUUUCCUGAGGAUAAUUCACAUGUUUGUUUAUUCUCGGUCUCGCAGCAACCCCCGGGCUGGCAGAGGCGCUGGAAUCGCGCACCGCGAUCCAAAUUAGCACAAACCUUCCCGCAGAACGCGGCACAGGCACCGGCAGCCAUCCAGGGAAUGCUGGCUUGAAGAAGGAUGUCAAUAGUCACAGUCCAGCUUGGGCAGUGUGGGAACCAGAUUGGGCACGAGGUGUUUUGCUGCCUGUGCAGUGACAUCCGUGGCACUCAUGGGCUCUGCUCCAAGAAGGAAAACCAAUCCUACCAGGAUGCCUGCAAGGAGAGGUUUUUCUGGGAGGAGGAAUCUGGAGUGCCUGUGGCCCGGGCUGUGCUGGUUGACAUGGAGCCCAAAGUCAUCAGCCAAACCUUAGCCAUGGCUGCCAGGUCUGGCUGCUGGAAAUACAACACCCAGUCCCACUUCUGCCAGAAGCAAGGCUCUGGGAACAACUGGGCCAACGGUUACUCUGUCCACGGGCCCAGACACAAGGAAUCAAUCAUGGAUCUGGUGCAGAGAGAAGCAGAGAGAUGUGACCGCCUGGGAGGAUUUUUCACCAUCAUGAGCAUGGCUGGGGGCACAGGGUCAGGCCUGGGAGCAUUUGUGACCCAGUGCUUGAGAGAUGCUUUUCCAGCCUCAUUUAUCCUAAACCACGUUAUCUGGCCCUAUGGCACUGGUGAGGUCAUUGUUCAAAACUACAACUCUGUUUUGACUCUGUCCCAUCUGUACCGCUCCUCAGACGCCCUCCUUGUCCACGAGAACGAUGUCAUCCACAAGAUCUGUGCCCAGCUGAUGAACAUCAAACAGAUCUCCUUCAGGGAUGUGAACCAAGUCAUUGCACAUCAGCUGGGCAGCCUUUUCCAGCCCGUUCACCCAGCAGAGGGGAGCUCAAACUACAGCAGGAACCCACUGGGAGACUUGAUGGAGACACUGGUCCCACAUCCCGAGUUCAAGAUGUUGGGGCUCCGGAACAUUCCUCAGAUUCCUGAGAACUCCCUCCCCUACAGCACCUUCAGCUGGCCUGGGCUCAUCAAACAUCUGAGGCAGAUGCUCAUUGCUAAUGCCCAGAUGGAGGAAGGUAUUGACUGGCAAGUACGACCACCUCCUCCAGGCUCCUCCACCCCCUCCAGCCAUUCCACAAAGAAGCCACUGCACUUCAACACUUCCAUUGCCAACCUGGUUAUCCUGAGAGGAAAAGAUGUCCACAGUGUGGACUUGGGAAGUUUCCAAGAUCCCUCCCUGUACACAUCAUGGCUAAAGCCUCAGGAUGCUUUUAAUGCCUGGAGAACACCAAGAGCAUUUAACAAGUAUGAAAAGUCUGCCUCUCUGGUCAGCAACAGCCAGUUCCUGCUGAAACCUCUCGACAGCAUUGUGGGAAAAGCUUGGAAUAUGUUUGCUUCCAAAGCUUAUAUUCACCAGUACACCAAAUUUGGAAUUGAAGAGGAAGAUUUCCUGGACAGCUUCACAACCCUGGAACAAGUUAUCUCCAGUUACACCACCCUUUGAUUUUAUUUCUUUUAAAUGGUCAGAAAUGGAGCUUUUCUGAAAGAACCCAGCACUGGAAAACCUCCCAUCAACUUCCUGAAGUAUGGAAAUGUCUGGGCUGGAGCUGGUUUUCAGUCUUGAAAGCAGUGUGUGUGUGUUAGGACAGCAAGAACUGACUCUGAGCUGAAUAUAUUCCUAUGGGCAGGUAUUAUUCUUAUUUAAUCUAUCUAAUAAAUACCUAUUUUUCAAUACA